CCACAUUACAACUGUCAAUUUGACAACUAGCUCUUUUCCUUUUGGGUGCCAUUGAAGGCGUGUAGUGUUUUAUAAAGUUGACCAGAAAAUAUCGCUAAUCAUCCAAAAUGGUUAACUUCACCGUUGAUGAAAUCCGUGGAUUGAUGGACAAAAAGCGGAAUAUCCGCAACAUGUCUGUCAUUGCUCAUGUCGAUCAUGGAAAAUCGACUUUGACCGAUUCUUUGGUUUCCAAGGCUGGUAUUAUAGCCGGAGCCAAAGCGGGUGAAACACGUUUUACUGACACUCGCAAGGAUGAACAGGAACGUUGCAUUACAAUUAAGUCUACCGCAAUUUCCAUGUAUUUCGAAGUCGAAGACAAAGAUUUGGUAUUCAUUACUAAUGCCGACCAACGCGAAAAAGACUGCAAAGGUUUCUUAAUCAAUUUGAUUGAUUCACCUGGUCACGUUGAUUUUUCUUCGGAAGUAACAGCUGCUUUGCGUGUAACCGACGGUGCUUUGGUUGUGGUCGAUUGUGUCUCUGGUGUAUGUGUUCAAACAGAAACUGUGUUGCGUCAAGCCAUUGCUGAACGUAUUAAGCCCAUAUUGUUUAUGAAUAAGAUGGACCGUGCCUUGUUAGAAUUGCAGCUGGAUGCCGAAGAAUUGUAUCAAACUUUCCAACGUAUUGUAGAAAAUGUUAACGUUAUUAUUGCCACAUACAAUGACGACGGCGGUCCAAUGGGUGAAGUGCGUGUUGAUCCUUCGAAGGGGUCAGUUGGGUUUGGUUCCGGUCUACAUGGCUGGGCUUUUACUCUUAAACAAUUUGCGGAAAUGUAUGCUGAGAAAUUUAAGAUUGACGUUGUUAAAUUAAUGAAUCGUUUGUGGGGCGAAAAUUUCUUCAAUGCCAAGACCAAAAAGUGGCAAAAACAAAAAGAAGCGGAUAAUAAACGUUCGUUCUGCAUGUAUAUUUUGGAUCCGAUUUAUAAGGUAUUCGACGCAAUCAUGAAUUACAAAAAAGAAGAAAUACCAACUUUAUUAGAGAAAAUUGGUGUAGCCUUAAAACAUGAAGACAAAGACAAAGAUGGUAAAGCUUUGUUAAAAGUUGUUAUGCGAACUUGGUUGCCUGCGGGCGAAGCUUUGCUUCAGAUGAUUGCUAUACAUUUGCCGUCUCCUGUAGUUGCUCAAAAAUACCGUAUGGAAAUGUUAUACGAGGGACCGCUUGAUGAUGAGGCGGCCGUUGCAGUGAAAAACUGUGAUCCUGAAGGUCCGCUGAUGAUGUACAUUUCCAAAAUGGUACCCACAUCAGAUAAGGGUCGUUUCUAUGCCUUUGGGCGUGUGUUCUCUGGUAAAGUGGCGACUGGGCAGAAAUGUCGCAUUAUGGGCCCCAAUUAUGUACCCGGCAAAAAAGAGGAUUUGUAUGAAAAGGCCAUCCAACGUACAAUUUUGAUGAUGGGUCGUUAUGUUGAAGCUAUCGAAGAUGUACCUUCUGGAAAUAUAUGCGGUCUCGUCGGUGUUGACCAGUUUCUGGUUAAGACUGGCACUAUUACUACGUUCAAAGAUGCUCAUAAUAUGAAGGUUAUGAAAUUUUCUGUGUCACCUGUGGUGCGUGUUGCAGUGGAACCUAAAAACCCAGCUGAUUUGCCUAAAUUGGUUGAGGGUUUAAAACGUUUAGCUAAAUCUGAUCCAAUGGUUCAAUGUAUUAUUGAGGAAUCUGGUGAACACAUUAUUGCAGGCGCCGGUGAAUUACAUCUGGAAAUUUGCUUAAAAGAUUUGGAAGAAGAUCAUGCUUGCAUUCCCCUUAAGAAAUCAGAUCCCGUUGUAUCAUAUCGUGAAACCGUAUUCGAAGAGUCCAACCAACAGUGCCUGUCUAAGUCGCCCAACAAGCACAAUCGUUUAGUCAUGAAAGCUAUGCCAAUGCCCGAUGGUUUGCCUGAGGACAUUGAUAAUGGCGAUGUAAGUUCCAAGGAUGAUUUUAAAGCACGCGCUCGCUAUUUGGCGGAGAAAUACGAUUAUGAUGUGACCGAAGCCCGUAAGAUCUGGUGUUUUGGCCCCGACGGUACUGGGCCAAAUUUUAUCUUAGAUUGCACAAAGUCAGUGCAGUAUUUAAAUGAAAUUAAGGACUCUGUUGUAGCUGGCUUUCAGUGGGCUACAAAAGAGGGUAUAAUGGCUGAGGAGAAUAUGCGCGGUGUUCGUUUCAAUAUUUACGAUGUAACUUUGCAUGCUGAUGCCAUCCAUCGUGGAGGCGGUCAAAUCAUUCCAACCACUCGCCGUUGUCUCUACGCUUCGGCUAUAACCGCCUCGCCACGUCUUAUGGAACCUGUAUACUUGUGCGAAAUUCAGUGUCCCGAAGUUGCUGUCGGUGGUAUCUAUGGUGUAUUAAAUAGACGCCGUGGCCAUGUCUUUGAAGAAUCCCAAGUAGUGGGUACACCUAUGUUUGUAGUGAAAGCAUAUUUGCCUGUUAAUGAAUCCUUCGGUUUCACCGCUGAUUUACGUUCUAAUACCGGUGGUCAAGCCUUCCCACAAUGUGUGUUCGAUCAUUGGCAAGUAUUGCCCGGCGAUCCCUGUGAACCCAAUAGCAAACCAUAUCAAAUUGUCCAGGAUACACGUAAACGUAAAGGUCUUAAGGAGGGUCUGCCCGAUCUCUCCCAAUAUCUCGAUAAAUUGUAAAUCUUAACCGUCUAUAUCACCCAUAUGUGGCCACAAUAAUAAAAGUCCCCACUAACUAUAAAGAUGAUACUGUAACUUCUGCAAACUUUAGUUGACGUGGUGGCAACCGAGUAAGAUGCAUUAUUUACCACAAGCUUAAUAACAACUACAUUAUGAUGCGAAUUUUAAGAUGAUAAAAAUAUAGCAAAGAGAUCUUAAUAAU